AUGCCAGUGAUGGAUGGAAUCGAGGCAACACAGCGCAUAACGCAGAUGUGGCCGCCAAGCCAGAGGCCCAAGAUAUUCGCCAUGACAGCCAAUGUGCUCGAGACAGACCGUGCCAUGUGCCUGCAGGCUGGCAUGGAUGGCUUCAUUUCCAAGCCUGUCAGCGUGCACGAGCUGGUGCGCGCCGUGGAGUUUUCCAGCCUCUCUAAGAGUCCAUGUUGCCACCUCACCACCCCGCACAUCCCCACCAUGCCUACCCCUUCGCACCAUGACGAACUUCCCGCCGUGCCUCACCUUGCUCCCCCCGGUGCCCACACUGCUUCCCCCGGCUCAUCACCUCGCUUCCCCCCAUUCCCCACCUUCUUUCCCCCUGGUCCGCACCGUCCUUCCCCCCAUUCCCGACCUUCCUUCCCCCCAUUCCCCACCUCGCUUCCCCCCAUUCCCCACCUUGUUUCCCCCUGGUCCGCACCAUCCUCCCCCUUGUUCCCCACCUUCCUUCCCCCCAUUCCUCACCAUCCUUCCCCCUCUUCCCCACCAUCCUUCCCUCACUUCCCCACCUUCCUUCCCCCCAUUCCUCACCUUCCUCCCCCCCGUUCCCAACCUUCCUUCACUCCAUUCUCCACCUUCCUUCCCCCCAUUCCCCGCCUCGCUUCCCCCCAUUACCCACCUUGUUUCCCCCUGGUCCGCACCUUCCUUCCCCCCAUUCCCCACCUCGCUUCCCCCCAUUUUCCACCUUGUUUCCCCCUGGUCCGCACCACCCUCCCCCCCUGUUCCCCACCUUCCUUCCCUCACUUCCCCACCUUCCUUCCCCCUCUUCCCCACCAUCCUUCCCCCUCUUCCCCACCAUCCUUCCCUCACUUCCCCACCUUCCUUCCCCCUCUUCCCCACCAUCCUUCCCUCCAUUCCCCACCUUCCUUCCCCCUUGUUCCCCACCUUCCUUCCCCCCAUUCCUCACCAUCCUUCCCUCUCUUCCCCACCUUCUUUCCCCCCAUUCCUGACAUUCCUGCCCCCCAUUCCCCACCUUCCUUCCGCCCAUUCCCCACCUUCCUUCCGCCCAUUCCCCACCUUCCUUCCCCCCAUUCCCCACCUUCCUUCCGCCCAUUCCCCACCAUCCUUCCCUCACUUCCCCACCUUCCUUCCCCCUCUUCCCCACCAUCCUUCCCUCACUUCCCCACCUUCCUUCCCCCCUGUUCCCCACCUUCCUUCCCCCCAUUCCCCACCAUCCUCCCCCCUCUUCCCCACCAUCCUUCCCUCACUUCCCCACCUUCCUUCCCCCUCUUCCCCACCAUCCUUCCCCCUCUUCCCCACCAUCCUUCCCUCACUUCCCCACCUUCCUUCCCCCUCUUCCCCACCAUCCUUCCCUCACUUCCCCACCUUCCUUCCCCCUUGUUCCCCACCUUCCUUCCCCCCAUUCCUCACCAUCCUUCCCUCUCUUCCCCACCUUCUUUCCCCCCAUUCCUGACAUUCCUGCCCCCCAUUCCCCACCUUCCUUCCGCCCAUUCCCCACCUUCCUUCCGCCCAUUCCCAACCUUCCUUCCCCCCAUUCCCCACCUUCCUUCCGCCCAUUCCCCACCUCGCUUCGCCCCAUUCCCCACCUUGUUUCCCCCUGGUCUGCACCUUCCUCCCCCCUGUUCCCCACCAUCCUCCCGCCUCUUUACCACCAUCCUUCCCUCUCUUCCCCACCUUCCUUCCCCCCAUUCCUCACCUUCCUCCCUCCGCCAGCACUCACACCCUAGGCACUACUAA